UAAAUAGGUAAUGAUUUUUUUUAUUUAAAUGUUAGUGCCUAUAAGUUGCAAGCCAGUGGCUUAAGAGCAAGCCAUUGGUGACAGUGGCAAGAAAAAACUCUAUGAGAUAGUAAGAGGAAGGAACCUUUAAAGGAAGCAGACUCAAAAGUGAAUCCAUCCUCAUCUGGGAGGCACCAAAUGUCCAUUCACUAUAGUCAUAUAAUAGCGGGCUGUUCAGAGAUGGGUCCUUGAAUGCAGACAUGUAAAUUGCAUAGUCAUUGUAGCAGUCUGUGAAUAUUAGUUUCAGUCCAAAUCGAUCCUCAUAAGUUUCUGAGUAACUUCAUGGAUCUUUAGGCUGUUUAUGUGGCACCAUCCUCAGGUGCACAGAAUGGUCUCCAUUUAAGGAGAACUCAAACCAAAUAUAGGGCAUUGGGAAGAAUCAGGCGGAUCUGGAAAGAAAAAUAGGACAGGAUUGGUGGUUACUGGUAUCUCAGGAGCAUGUUUAUUAGCAAAGCUGCAACUAUUACACUGUAAACACUGUUGUUUACUGUUUUUUUUGUCAACUAAUGCAAUGUUUUAUGACACAACAUAUAGGUUGUAUAACAUUUGGCAAACAGUUAUGUAUUUGAUUUUGCUGUGGUCUGAGGAUGAUCUGGAUGACUGUCCAGUUAGAAGAGCAGCUGGGGGCAGGUAGAAAAGGAAGCACAAGACCAAAACUGUUUGAAUCUCUAUAUUCACAUAAUCAUCAUUACUAUCUGUAGCUAAAUAAAUACUAAAUAAAAAUAAUAAUGUGUAAAAUAAUGAUGAUCAUGGUAAAAAAUGUUAUUAAUAUGAUGGUAAAUAAUAAGAGAAACACGACUGCUUUUUUCUCAAGCUUUUGGCGCACACCUAAGCGAUAACCAACCCGGAACCUCCCGUGAAGUAAAUGUUGAAACACGGACUGAUUUAAGGGUCGGAUGUUUUUCUCAUGUGCGUUUCGGUGUUUGUAAACCAGAAGUAUAUUGCGGUAGAUUCAUAUUGUCUUUGUGAAUUAAAUGUAUUUAUUUACAUUUUGCGUUUACAAAGCGAAAUUAUAAUGUUGAGUGUUUUGUGUCCCAAGUUACGGUAAAGUGAAACUCUUAAAGAUUUUUCUACUGGAUAAAUCACUAGAAGAUCAUCUGCCCUCGCUGUCAUGUUGGCACGAAAAGCAGAACAGAUGAAGAUCUUUCGUGGAAUGAUGUUGAUCCACGCGUUGUCAGUUGACCGGUGAUUAAUUAAUAAAACUUUUAAUUGAUGAUUAUUGGACACGCUGUUGCCCGUGUUUUUAUCAGAUAGAGCUUAUAGUUGCAUAUUCUACAAGCUGUCAUUGAUAUUGUUUGGCCAAGUACAUCCUAAAAGGCAAUAUGUAUAAACAAUCCUCGCUAGAUUUAGAUCACAAACCAACACCUAAACACGCAGAGACCACCUUUCAGAAGAAUGGGGAUAAAAACAGUCCUAUAAGUGUUAUUCUGGUUAGUUCAGGAAGUCGUGGAAACAAACUACUCUUUCGAUACCCCUUCGGCGGAGUGUCUGAAAACACAUCAUCCACUGCAACAAAACAACGAAGUCCAUAUGCACUGAGGACUACGAAUGAUGCAACCGAGGACCAAGAUGGAGAUUCACGAGAACAAACUCCAUUAACUGAUGAACAGUUGGUAGCAGGAUUCUCUGAUAACAUUCUUGCCACCAUCUUGGCCACCAAGUCAGAUAUGUGCGGCAAAAAGUUUGAGCUGAAGAUCGAUAAUGUUCGAUUUGUGGGACAUCCUACACUCCUUCAGCCGCCAAACACUAUUCAGGUUUCCAAAACAGACCCUUCACCAAAAAGAGAAAUGCCGACCAUGAUCUUGUUUAGUGUUGUGUUCGCGUUAAGGGCCAAUGCCGAGCCGUCGGUGAUCAGUUGCAUGCACAACCUGUCAAGGCGCAUCGCCAUCGCCCUGCAGCACGAGGAGCGACGCUGCCAGUACCUCACCAGAGAGGCCAAACUCAUGCUGGCUGUGCAAGAUGAACUCACGACCAUGACUGAGAAUGGCACUCUGCAGUCUCCCUUUCGACACAUUCUUCCCAAGUGCAAACUGGCAAGUGACCUAAAAGAGGCUUAUGACAGCCUGUGCACAACUGGAGUGGUGCGACUUCACAUCAACAGCUGGCUGGAGGUCAGCUUCUGUCUGCCACACAAGAUUCAUCGUAUUGGAGGGAACCACAUUUCCCCAGAAGCUUUGGAACGCAGCCUUAAGGCCAUUCGGCCGUACCAUGCCCUGCUGCUGCUGGACAAUGAGAAAGCCCUGCUGGACCAACUUCCACUUGAUUGCUCUCCUGCUCUGUUGCGACUUGUCAAGAUCUGUUCAGCUAUGAAGAACCUGCAGCAGUUGGCACAAGAUGCUGAUCUUGCUCUCCUGCAGGUCUUUCAGAUAGCUGCCCAGUUGGUAUACUGGGGUAAAGCCAUCAUUGUGUAUCCACUCUGUGAGAACAACGUAUACAUGCUGUCUCCACAUGCUAAUAUCUUUCUGUACUCUUCACUGGCAAAGCAGUUUUCCCAGCAGUUCCCUGGUUAUGACCUGCCAUCCAUGUUGGGCAAGUUUUCUUUGCCUGUAUCUCUGUCUGAGUUCAGGAACCCGCUGGAUGCUUCCGUACAUGAGGCGCAGUUGAUCCAAAUGGUUGUAUGGAUGCUGCAGAGGCGGCUGCUGAUCCAGCUUCACACCUACGCAUGCCUGCUUGUGCCACCCAACGAAGACCAGCCGUUUCCGCUGGAGGAGGAGAGGUCAGCGAUGAACCGUAUGGCCGGACGAAGCCUCAGCACGCCCACCACGCUCAGUUUUGGCUCCCCAACCAGCAGCGAUGACAUGACGCUGACGAGCCCCAGCAUGGACAACUCCAGUGCUGAGCUCCUGACAGGAGGAGACUCUCCACUCAAUAAGAGAAUGACUGAGACCCUGUUGGCCAGUCUGACCGAACACGAGCGCCAUGCUAUCCUUAACAUACCGGCUGCGCAAAACCCCGAUGACCUGCGCAUGUUUGCUCGAUUACUACACUACUUUAGAGGGCAUCACCACCUGGAGGAGAUCAUGUACAAUGAGAACAUGCGUCGCUCUCAGCUGAAGACUCUCUUUGACAAGUUCCGCAGUGUCUUAGUGGUUACUAACCACGAGGACCCCGUCAUCUCGCUGUUCCAGACACCACCCGAGUAGCACAAGUCAAGUGCCGUCUCCACCCUUCUACACCAAAGUUGCUUGCAUGCUGGCUGUACCACUGAUCAUUUGUUGGCUUUACAUGAGAUCCUAACACACUGUUAAAAAGAAGAAAUUCUGGACACAAGAUAUGCCUGAAAUAUUGUAUGUAGCUUUUCAAAGAUAAGAUAUUUUGCCUUUGUCUCA